GACGAUUAGCUUGAGUAUCAGUACAGAAAUGAAGGCAAUUGCAUUACUCUUGGUUCUUGUCUGCAUAGUUGGGUUGGUCAAGUCUUGGGAAUGGCCAUGGAAUAAGCAAAAGAAACCUUGGGAGAGACCGAAAUUCCCGAUUCCAAACCCAAAUCCUCGUGAUAAAUGGUGCCGUCUUAAUCUGGGACCUGCUUGGGGAGGAAGAUGCUAAAGUAUAUUUCAUAUUGUAUCGAUUUUCAGCCUUAUUUUCCGGAAAAUUAUUUUGCUAUUAAAGUGUAAUAUAAACUAUGAAAGGCAUCCAUGUAUGUAGACAAUUCAUUUGCUUUAUGACGUCACAUAAUAAAGUUCUAUGUUUUUGUGU